GAUACUGGUGUUUAUGUUAGUAUUAAGGAUUUGCCCUAUGAUAUACUGAGGCACAAGAUCUCGAUUACAAAAGGGGAAGAACGACGGAAAGCCCGAAAAGAACUUCUUCUUAAAAUGGGAGCUAAGCCUCCAAAACGAGCUUAUAUCAAUUAUAAGGAGUUAAUGGCUCAAAAAAAGAAGGAUAAACUAAUCGAAUCAAUUGCGGCUAAAAACGUAACCAAGAUCAUGAGACAUGCUUGA